UUUUGCAGCCUUAUCCAAACAAUAUAACAAACUAAGCGAAGAUCAGCAGUUUCUCUCUCUGAUUCUCUCCCUCUCCCUCUCUCUCUCUUUGUCUCUCUCCCUCCUCCAUCUUCCACUGCCACUGCUCACUGUAAAAUUGAAAGUAAUGCUUUGAUGGCUGAUGCAGCUAGUGCUAGGUCUUUAAGUUUCUGUUCUUGCUUCCACCCUCCUUUUCUUCCACCUAAACCAAUUCUCUUACCUUCUCUUCCAAUUCUUUCCAAACGAACUUCUUCUUCCAAGAUCCUUACCUCUCUCAAGUCUUCUUCUUCUUCUUCUUCAUACGGAGCAUCUUCUGGGGACUACGACAUUGUUUCUACCUCUGAGCACUCACACGGCAGCGUUUCUGAAGAUUAUGGCAUCGUUUCCACUUCUGAACAUUCAGAUGGCAGCGUUCUCUUCCGGUUUGGAGAGAUUUCGAAGCAUGUUCAAAUGGGCAAAGAGGAAAUUGUUGAUGAUGAAGUUGAGUUAGGCGAAGAUGGUUCUGAUACUGAUCAUAUUACUGGAAUUAGUGAAACAUUGUUGGAGCAUUCUAUUUUAGAUGCUGAAUCAAGUGAUGUUAAUAAUGCGAAGGUCCUUGAGAUGAUCAACUUUAAGAUUUUAACUCGUCCUGUUAAUCAAUCCGAACUUGACGCUGUUGUAGAAGUAGAAACUGUUGGUAGUAAUAUUAACUUAGCUGCUUCAGCUAUUGAUUUGGAGUUGGACAUUGUUUCUUCUGAGGAGGAAGUUUCCCAAGAGAAGAGUGAACGUGAAAUUGUAAGUGAAUUGGUUGAAUCUGAUGUUGAAGUACCCAGGAUUGUUGCAUUGCAAGCGGAAACCAAAGAGAAUGUCGGGGUCCAAGUUAUGCAUCUCUCUUCAGCUAGAGAGGAACAUAGCAUGCAUCAGCAUAUACAAGUAAACAAGGUGAUUGUUGAUGAUGGCGUCAGUGGUAAUAUCAUUGAGGCACUGCCUAAUUGGGUUUCCUUGGAGGCCAAAGUCAUUCUCGAUGAGGAACCAACUACUGAAGCAGUGGAAGAGGAAACAGCGCAUAUUAUAGUGGAUGAGGAAACAACCCAUAUUGCAGUGGGUGAGGAACUAACUCAUAAGGCAGUGGAUGAGGCGCCAACCUAUAUUGAAUUGAAUGAGAAGCCAACUCAUGAGGCAAUGGAUGAGGAAGAACCAACUCUUAAUGCAGUGGAUGAGGAGCCAACCCAUAUUGCAGUGGAUAAGGAUCCAACUAAUGAGGCAGCGGAUGAGGAACCAACUCCUAAUACAGUGGAUGAUGAACCGAUGCGUAAUGCAGUGGAUGAGGAACCAACUCCUGAGGCAGAUGAUGAGGAACCAGUUCGCAAUGCAGCGGAUGAGGGCCUAACACAAAUUGCAGUAGGUGAGGAGCCAACACAGAUUGCAAUGGAUAAGGAACAGACUCGUAAGGCGGUGGAUGGAAAACCUACUAGCAACGCAGUGGAUAAGGAACCGAUUAGUUAUCGUUUUGAGGAGGAACCAACUCACGCUACAGUGGAAGAGGAAUCAACCCAUAUUGCAAUUGAUGAGAAACCAACUCAUAACCCGGUGGACAAGGGACCAAUUUGUGUUGCAUCAGAUGAGUUUGAAGUCAAUAUGCCUUCCUCAAGUUGGGUUGAAGAGAUAGCUGCAGAAGAUCAAAACAGUAAUAAUGCAGAUGUGGCAGUUCCUCAUGCAGAAGAAUCACAAAUGAGAGUAGCUACUUUGACUAUGGAGGAUAUCCCUAUGUCGGGACUUUUCAUGUUUCCUGGUGCUGCAUCACUGCCACAUCCUUCUAAGGCAUUGACAGGUGGAGAGGAUGCAUGUUUUGUUGAUGAAAACUGGCUUUGUAUUGCUGAUGGAGUUGGACAGUGGUCACUUGAAGGAACUGAUGCUGGACUAUAUGCCCAAGAGUUCAUAAAUAAUUGUGGGAAAAUUGUGGCUGAUAGCAAAACCACCCUAAUAACUGACCCAGUGGAAGUUCUUGUUAAAGCUGCCAUGGAAACAAAAUCUCCUGGAUUAUCUACCGCUUUGGUUGCUUAUUUUGAUGGUCAGGCUAUGCAUGUGGCUAAUGUUGGAGAUUCAGGAUUUCUCAUUUUAAGAAAUGGCAUUGUCUUUAAGAAGUCUUCUCCAAUGGUACAUGAGUUCAACUUUCCAAUACAAAUAGAGAAGGGGGAUAAUCCUUCUGAACUUGUGGAGGAAUAUAAAAUUGAUCUGCAUGAGGGUGACAUUAUCGUCAUAGCUACAGAUGGCCUUUUCGACAAUCUAUACUCCCAAGAAAUAGCUUCAAUCAUCUCCAAAUCACUGGAAGCUAAUUUGAAGCCUAAGGUUCUUAUGUUGUUUGGUCAGGAAAUAGCAGAACUGUUAGCCGUGAGUGCGCAAGAAGUGGGGCAGUCAUCACCGAGGAGAAGUCCAUUCGCUGAUGCAGCCCAAGCAGCUGGUUAUGUGGGAUAUACCGGCGGGAAGCUUGAUGAUGUAACAGUCAUUUUAUCCUUGGUGCAGGAAAGAUCUUCCUCUUCUCUGCAAUAAGGUUUCCUUCUUAACACCUUUAUAAUCCUUGUAUAUGCUUAAAAUAUUUUUAUCUCCUUUUGUCUUGAUUAUUUUUAGGUGCUCUAUGGCUUAUUCAUGGAACUAGCUUGUGUUUGAGAAAAAAAAUAUAUAUAAUUUAAUUGUUAAUAUGUUCAAAUUUCCUAGAUUUACAAUUAUCCUACCCUUGGUUGACAAA